AUGACUACCAUGCUGCCUUGGAAUCCGUUUCUUGUUUGUGAGAUAGAGGUCAGCCCCAAUGGCGGUCCUGGCUCCUGUUGCGGCAUGACGAAAAAAGGCACGCCAUGCAAGAACUCGAUCAAAGUUGAAGACAUCAAGAUAGGCCAUCAAAGGUUGACCACUCUCGCCAGAGAGCCGUUUGACCUGUCAAAUUUGCAAUCGAAGCUCUGUGAUGUUGCCAAAGAAUUCCUCUGCGCGAGAUGGUACCGGCAACGGCAGGCCGACCAAGUUGGCCAGCAGUGGUAUGAAGCAGCCGUCCGCAACCAGGCGCGAGUACCACAUGGCUCCAGAAUGGCUUCUCCAUCAGUCAUUGUACAGCGGGGCCAGCGUCAGACAUCGUCAGCCUCCAGGCGAAGCCCUGCAUCAGACAACACUGACCGGUCACCUCACGGGCUCAGACAAGACCCACCGGUGCCCCUGUCAACCAACCCCGAGCCAGUGCAGCCAUUCAAUCCAUUUGUGACUUGUCACAAAAUCAAGAUUUUGACCGAAUACACAUUCUCCUACUCAACCUCCGAUUUAAGGGUUAAGUUACUGUACGCUCAAAGUGGUGGCCGUGAAACUAUGACUACCCCUUCUAACGGAAAGACCGAUGAUGGAAACUGUCAAACUAUUGAUAAAAUAGUAAACAACUUCGUCUCCCAACGUUAUGAGAAAAGUCUGAAUCCUUUUAGACUUGCCAGCGUCUCCGUUCCCGAAUUUGCGACCGAACUGGCGAAUCAUUUGUCCACGAUAGAUGAGGGUGGCAGUAUUUCCCUUGGCCGUGGAGAAAAUCUGGCCAGCAUUAGUCUAGGCAAGAGCCUAGAGAGUCUUUUCUCAACCUCGACACCGCGCGUGAGGGAAGGGCCGCCGUUGACUUGGACGAGGCUUGUGCUUUUCGCAGGUCCCAAUUUUGAGGGCACGACGCAGCUUAAGGUUGAAAAUUCUAGCGUCGACCUGUCCGAAGACGACUUUAACCUCUUACGCUCUGUCUUGGCGCAAAUCUCGCUUGUUGAGCAACGUCUCCGGACUCAUCACAGUUUAGUGUCUCAAAUUUCUCAAAGCAGGGACCACGCCACACACCAAGGGAAAGAUUUUGCGUGUGGCGGUGCUCAGGCCUUUGUUCCAACUCAACGAGCUUUUGGCCCAGAGCCCGUGGCAGAUAAUGAAAGCCCACGUUACCAAGAUUCACCAAUCAUCCCUGCACCUAUCCAUCAUGCUAGCAAUGCCGGAUCGGCUCAGCCAGUUAACGAAGAUCCCAUUGACCACACUGUGUCAGAAGAUGCCAUUGUGGGGAAUUCUACUCAACGCGAUAAUUUAUGGCCUGUAAACGACGCAAGGCCAGAAGUCAGGUUACACACAGCCGAUUUCAUUCAAAGUUUAAGCGAGUAA